AUGAGGCUCGGAUAUUUUCUCUCUUACGCUCUCUUCCUUCCAUCCACCGUUGCUUUUACGGGGCUCUAUCCAAAUUUCCUCCAACCGAAACCAAGUCAUGUGGAAGAUCAUACCAUUGACACAAAAUACUUUCAUGAACCUGGCGGUAGCAAUGAACUUGAACACUAUGAUAUCCGAUUUUUCAUAAGUCCUCUAUCUAGCCAUGAGAGACUAAGAGCUCUGAAGCAUCUGAUUCAAUCGUACCUUACGGUAUUCAAUGACCGAAAGAUUGAGACGUGGAUUGCCCAUGGGACCCUUUUAGGCUGGUGGUGGAAUGGGAAGAUAAUGCCCUGGGACUGGGAUCUAGACACUCAAGUCACUGUAACAACGCUAAAUUGGCUCGCUGAAAAUUUAAACAUGUCUACUCACCGUCACUACAUGAUUGAUGAUGAGGGAAACUCUAUGGGUGGGAACUUUCUACUAGAUGUUAAUCCUAAUCAUAUUGAUCGCUUGCGAGGUAGCGGUAAUAAUGUAAUUGAUGCGCGUUGGAUUGACGUUCAUAGUGGUCUUUACAUCGAUAUUACAGGAGUCGGCGAUACAGAGGAUGAUUUAGAUUCGGGUCUACUGGGCUGUAAGGAUUUUCAUCGUUACCACAGCCAUGAAUUAUACCCGUUGCGUACAUCUAUUUUCGAAGGUGUUAUUGCUAAGGUUCCAUUUAUGUUUGAAAGCAUACUGAUAAAGGAAUAUUCGGCGAAAGCACUAUCAAACACUGUAUAUGCAGGUCAUCGUUGGGAUCCAGAGAAGCAGGCCUGGAUCAAACAAAGAGCCAAGACGGAAGAGAUCACUUCUAAUUCCACUGAACAAGCGUAG